AUGAAAUUGUGGACCUUCUAGAUGCAUCAGCUGGUAAAGCAAUGGUUUCAAAGCGACCGAUACUCAAAGCAUCAAGCACUAAGAGGCUUGAAAAUGGCAAGGAAGACUCAGGCUUCAAAGUGGACUCAAAAACUGGUAAACUUAUCAUUACAGAAGACAAUAAUACAAAGGAAAGUGCUUCAAAAAUGGACUUUAUGGAAGAUAUUGAUGAAUAUCUUGGCUUGAAAGAAGGUGCUAAGUCAGGAAAGAUCAAGAACAGGAAAAGAACCCUGAGUGGUGGAUCAGAUGAUGAAGAAGACAUUUUCGCACCUCCAGUGAAGUUUAGUAAAGAUGGUCCUGAUCAAGAAAAAGCCAAGAGGAAACCUGCCAAAAAACACUAUGAUUAUGGAACAGAAUUUAGAUCUAAGAAAGCUGGUGGGGAUAUGACAAAGAAGGAUAGGUUAUCUCCAUAUGCUUAUGUUCAGUUCUCCAAAGAGCGGCUAAAUAAAAGGAAAAAGGCCAAAUUUGAAGGGCAGUUCACAAGUCUUGUGAGGGGUGCUAGAAAAGGUGUGGCCAAAGGCACGAAGCUAAAAGGAAAGAAGAAAAUGUCUGGAAGAAAGUGAAAAUGCUAAAGGAAAGAAGUGAAAAUGUUUUGGUUUGUUUUGUUGCUAAUUAAACAGAAGUUAUGUAUAUUGCUGUAGUGCAUGUAUUUUUAUAUCCUAAAGAUUUGUUAUUGCAAAUAUCACAGUAACCUUAACUGGGCUUUUCUAUAUAUAUAUUACACUAGUUGAUGUCGUCUAGUUUACAAAAAUCUUUGUGUCAAAAGUUUAAAAGCACUGCACUUCAUUAACAAGUUACAUAUUAAUGCAAUCAUUUAAAUUGUCAUUAGUAUAAGUUAAUUACCUUAAAUUAAAUUUUAUUUAUUUACUACUGUGCUGAAUAUAUGCAAUAAAAUUAUAUAUAAUAAAAUUUUCUUAA